AUGGCGCUCCGUUGUGCGAUCACCGGCGAUGUACCCAAGGUGGCGGUCAUCUCGCCCAAGUCUGGUGCAGUGUUUGAGAAGACGGUGAUUGAGAAGCACGUUGCUUCUGCUGGCACCGAUCCCAUCAAUGAUGAGCCCCUCGAUGUCAGCGAGCUGAUUCAGAUUCAAGCUCCUGAAUUCAACGUGCCGCGUGCACCUGCUGCAACCAGCCUGCCCUCGCUCCUCAAGACGUUCCAGGAUGAAUGGGAUGCUGCCAUGCUCGAGACAUUCGAGCUGAAGCGCGAAAACCACAAGCUCACGCAAGAGCUCACACAGUCUCUGUACCAGCACGAUGCCGCGACUCGCGUGAUUGCACGCCUGAUCAAGGAGCGUGAUCAGGCUCGUCAGGCCCUCGAAAGCCUGCAGGCAUCAGGUGUUGCUCCUGCCAACAACGCUGCUCCCGCCGCACAGUCUGAGGCCAUGGACGCCAGCAGCGAUGAAUCCGCAUCUGGUCUGAGCCCUGAGGUGGUGGCCCGCAUCGACCAGACUUUUGCCCAGCUCAGCCAGGCUCGCCGCAAGCGCGAGAAGAACCCCGAGGGACUUGCUACCCCCGAGCAGAUUGGCACUUACAAGCAGCAGGAGGUUAUCAAGGGUGUACACAGCUCGCGUUCAGGCAACAUCCACUCCCUAUCCUACCGUGCUUCUGACAACAUGCUCCUCACCAGCUCCUCCGACAAGACGGCGGCCCUUUACAACCUCGAGUCGAAGGAGGUCGUCGCUCACUACAAGGGUCAUGGCAAGAAGGUCUUGGAUGCCCGCCUUCAUCCCACUGCCGACGUUGCCGUGACCGGUAGCGCCGAUAACCACGUCAAGAUUUGGACCGCCUCCACCGGCGAGAAUGUCGCUACACUCGAGAUGCAUUCCCAAGCCGUGAACAACGUCAACAUCCACCCCGAGGGCCAACUCGUGGUCAGCUGCAGUGACGACGGCUCAUGGGCCGUGUCCGACAUCGCCACACAGAGCAACAUCACCCUGGUCAACGAUGCCAAGGCCAAGAGCAUCAAGGCGCUGCGCGUCCAUCCUGACGGCGCCAUCCUGGGCGCAGGUAACGAGAGCAGCACCGUCGGCAUCUGGGAUAUUCGUACUGCCAAGUGUGAGGCCAGCUUCGAGGGCCACGGUGGUGCCGUGACCAGCCUUGCCUUCUCGGAAAACGGUUACCACAUGGCCACGGGUGGCAUCGACAGUACCGUUCGCUUUUGGGAUCUGCGCAAGCUCAAUGCUUUCCACACGCUCGAGUUUGAUGCUGGGCACGAGGUGAACAGCGUUGCCUUUGACCACAGUGGCCAGUAUUGCGCUGUUGGUGGCUCUGACGUUCGGGUGUACAUGGUCAAGAAGUGGAGCGAACUGGUCAAGCUGGAAGAGCACAAGAAGGCUGUGGCCGGUGUGGCUUGGGCCCCGAAUGCGCAAUCCAUCUUUUCCGCGGGCGCCGACUCGGUCAUCAUGCAGCACGGCUUUUGAGGGGUGAACCGGCUUGUUUCUUUUGUCUAUUCCACAUGUGUCUUUACCCACCCAACUGCCUACGGCGGUGGUGAGGGGUACUCGAGCAUCAUGCCCAGAGAGCCUGGCGAGAUGCCAUCAAAUUGAAAUACAGAAAAUUG